CCCCAGCCUUGGGGACAGGCGCUUCUCAGGUCCUGCCGCUCAGGAAGCCACAUCCAGAACAGAUAUGAACUUUGAGGACGUGGCCAUUGCGUUCGCUCAGGAGGAGUGGGAGAUCCUUGAUGAGGCUCAGAGAUGUCUGUACUGUGAUGUGAUGCUGGAAGUGUUUUCAUUUGUAUCAUUCAUAGGUCCUUGGCGUAAGAUGGAUGAUGUGAAGGCCUAUUCUGAGCACAGUGUAUCUGUAGGAGAUUCUCAGGUCAGGGCUUCCAAGACAGCCGCAGCCACCCAGAGGACCCAUCUGUGUAAGCCGUGCUUCUCAGUGUUAAAAGAUAUUUUGCACCUGAGUGAGUUACAAGUGGUUUACUUUGAGAAGAACGUGUUCUUAAGUGAUGCAUGUUUGAGAGACUUGUGUUUCAGUUCAAACCCUCACCAGCAACAGAAGGAUGCCAGUGGAGAGAAGCCCUGGAAAGAACAUAUGGAUUGUACCUUGCCUGUGACCAGUUGCUGCUUCUACUUAUCCGAGGUGCCUGCAACUAGGACGGAGGUUGGGGAAGACUCCCCAGCCAUCUUAGGGCUUCUCCAGCACCAGGCCACUCUUAACACUAUGGAGCCACACAGUAACAAUGAGAUUUCACAGGAAUGUCUCAGUGGAAAAAGACAUCACCAGUGGGUUGAAUGUGAAAGAGCUGACAGCAAGAAACAGAAAGUUGCUUAUCAGAAAGGUCUCUGCUCUGGAGAUAUGAUUUAUGAGUAUAAUAAAUGUGGGGAAGUGUGUAGACAAAUGUUUAACCACCCUCCACAUGGGAGAGUUCACCCUGGAGAAAAGCCCUAUGAGUGUACUGAUUGUGGGAAGGUCUUCAGUGAAAGCACUACUCUCAUUAAACACAACAGAGUUCACAUUAGAGAAAAGUGGUAUGAGUGUAUUGACUGUGGGAAAUCCUUCAGUAAAAGGUCUAACUUCACUAGACACCACAAAGUUCACACUGGAGAAAAGCCAUAUGAGUGUAGUGAAUGUGGGAAGCAUUUCAGUGAAAGGGCUGCCCUCACCAGACACCACAGAGUUCACACUGGAGAAAAGCCAUAUGAGUGUAGUGAAUGUGGGAAGCAUUUCAGUGAAAGGGCUUCCCUCACUAGACACCACAGAGUUCACACUGGAGAAAAGCCAUAUGAGUGUAGUGAAUGUGGCAAGUAUUUCAGAAAAAAGGCUACCCUCACUACACACCACAGAGUUCACACUGGAGAAAAGCCAUAUGAGUGUAGUGAAUGUGGGAAGCAUUUCACUGAAAGGGCUGCCCUCACUAAACACCACAGAGUUCACACUGGAAAAAAUCCAUAUGUGUGUAUUGAAUGUGGGAAGCAUUUCACCGAAAGGGCUGCCCUCACUAAACACCACAGAGUUCACACUGGAGAAAAGCCAUAUGAGUGUAGUGAAUGUGGCAAGUCCUUCAGUCAAAGGUCUCACCUCUCUAUACACCACAGAGUUCACACUGGAGAAAAACCAUAUGAGUGUAGUGAAUGCGGCAAGCAUUUCAGAAAAAAGGCUACCCUCACUACACACCACAGAGUUCACACUGGAGAAAAGCCAUAUGAGUGUAGUGACUGUGGGAAGUCCUUCAGUCAAAGGUCUGAGUUUACUAAACACCUCAGAGUUCACACUGGAGAAAAGCCAUAUGAGUGUAGUGAAUGUGGGAAGCAUUUCAGUGAAAGGGCUGCCCUCACUAGACACCACAGAGUUCACACUGGAGAAAAGCCAUAUGAGUGUAGUGAAUGUGGCAAGUCCUUCAGUCAAAGGUCUCACCUCACUAUACACCACAGAGUUCACACUGGAGAAAAGCCAUAUGAGUGUAGUGAAUGUGGGAAGCAUUUCAGAGAAAAGGCUGCCCUCUCUAUACACCAAAGAGUUCACACUGGAGAAAAGCCAUAUGAGUGUAGUGACUGUGGGAAGCAUUUCAGACAAAAGGCUACCCUCACUAACCACCUCAGAGUUCACACUGGAGAAAAGCCAUAUGAGUGUAGUGAAUGUGGGAAGCAUUUCAGAGAAAAGGCUGCCCUCUCUAUACACCAAAGAGUUCACACUGGAGAAAAGCCAUAUGAGUGUAGUGACUGUGGGAAGCAUUUCAGACAAAAGGCUACCCUCACUAACCACCACAGAGUUCACACUGGAGUAAAGCCAUAUGAGUGUAGUGAAUGUGGGAAGCAUUUCAGUGAAAGGUCUACCCUCACUAAACACCACAGAGUUCACACUGGAUAAAAGCCAUAUGAGUGUAGUGAAUGUGGGAAAUCCUUUAGUGAAAGCUCUAUCCCCAGUGAAGACAAGAGAGUUCACACUGGUGAGUGUAGUGAGUAUGGGAUUCCUUUUUAGCUACAACCAUAACCUGGUUAGACUCCUAAAAUUUCACACUGGAGAAAAGAUGUAAAUGUGCAGGGAAUGUUUUAUUUUUCUCACUAAUAAUAAGAACACUUAAAGGGCUCUAUGGGACCCAUUUACAUGAAUGUAAACCCCUUUAAUGAGAACAUACACUCUUCUAGAUUCAUCAUAAAUUUGAGGUACAAGUGAGACUUGAAGGAGCUGUGUUGUACUUGCUAACAUGUCCAGACCUACAACCCAAAUGAUGUCACUGUGAGUGUUUAUCGCUGAAGAGAUUUCACAGCUAACACCUGGCUCACCUGAGGAGUGUGCAUCGGUCACAUUCCCUGGGUGCUCAGGGGAAUGUAUUCUGUGUUCUCGCUUCUGCUUGAGGUAAUUAUGGUUCCUCCAAGCUCUUGGCAGUAUCUUCAUUCAUUUCUCUAUGACUAGAAAAUGGACCUGACCCAGGAUUCAUCCAGAGCACCUGUUCUCAGCUUAGAAGUGCUACCUCUUUCAGAGACAUAGUGGUACUCACAUUAUGCUUUGAUAAAUUUUGAGGGUUUCUUAUUCACCAACCUGCAAACUCAGGUCUCUUCUGCUCUGGUUUAUGAUCUUUUUUCUAAAGGUGUUUUUAUAUUUGUGUUGUUAUAUAUUAGUGCAUUAUUUUCAACACCAACUACUCUAAACCUAAACUUGCCACACGCUGUAUUUACCUCCAUUCAUUUUGUAAUAUUUCUGCUUCCCCAACCCUCCAUGCAGACAUUGAUUUACCUUCCUUUACAAUAGAGUAGUUCAUAUUUUUCAUAAUUUUAUUGGCAUUAUAAGGUGAAUUCUCUUUAACAAACACUGGCUUCCUUCAUGCUACACAGAUGGUUUGAGAUUUAACACUAACGCUUAUAUAAAUAGUUAAUUUUUUAUUUCUAGAAAACAUUGUAUUCUAUGGAUAACCACUUUUACUACUGAGCUGCCUAUAAUUUCAGUUAUUUCUACGUUUGGGGUUUUAUUAAUAAAACAGCUCAGAAUAUUGUAUUCCAUUCUUUCUACAGAUGUAUGUCUUAUCAAACUGUUCCAGUGUCAGUGAAUGUGGUACAUUUCAACAUAUGUGGAACUGUGACCUAAAAUGAUCAAUCACUUUGCCUUCCCACCCACCCAGAAAAUUCUAUGCAACUCUGCCAGCACAUGCAAAGGUUAAUCUUUUUAAGUACUAGCCCCAUCAAUGAGUGUACUGUUAACUCGCUUUUGUUUUAACUUCAUUUCCAUGAAAAUGUUUGAUGGUGAUCAUUUCUUCCUGUAUUUCUUUCACUGUCUUCAUCUUCUUUGUUAAAAUGCUCAGGAUUUUUUGUUUACUUUUAAAGUUAAUUUAUUAUUCUAUUCUAACCAAUAGGAGGGCGGUUCAGCCUCUAGGACAUCUGUUUGAAUUUCACUCAGUCCUCAGAUACUCGACUGAUUUUUUGGCCAUAUGGAAUUCUUGGUUUUUGAAUUCUAUAAGCAAAAUGGUUUUUCUCAAUUUUUACCCUAUGUACAAUUUAUAGUCCACUUGUACAUUACACUUACACAUUUAAUCUGCAUUGUUAAUUUUCCACCAGUGUUCUUUAAGUUUAAGCAUUUAGUUAUACAUUAAAGUCUAGGUUUGUAGUAGUUGAAAACUUCCCUGGUGUAAAUAUCACCACCACAUUCAAACUGCCAAAAUGAUGGCAUUGAAAAUGGACAUAAGAUACUUCAGUAGUAUAUAAUUAUAUUUUACUAGUGACUGGGUGUAUGGACUUGUGCACAUUGAAAGGAAAUUAAUUAGAAAAUGACAAGUGGUGUGGGACUGGCUGAGAUGGGUCCCUCACACCCUAGUGCAAACCUCCCCCAGUCCCUUCCCUUUAGGCCGCACCUGGGGCAGCGCCUUGGCUUUAAGGGUGCCUGUGGAGUGAGUGGGAUUCCUCUGGCAGGUGAGGUCCUGCAGCCUGGCCUGCAGGGAAUCAGGCGAAACCAGUUCUCCGAUAUCUGCUGAGGGGUCCUGGAUUAUGAGUGGGCAGUUGUCAGGUGACACAACCCAGAUUCAGGCUCCCUCCUCUCUGGUUCCGGGAUGUGUGACCCGAGAAUCACCGUUGCCUUCCAUCACUCUCUCUCAUCCCAGUGGUUCUGGUAUCUAUCUAUUCUCAGAUACUUUAGUGACUAAGUUUACUAAAAACCCCCGAUAAGUUUCUCCCUGGCCAGAGAGCUCAGUUGAUUAAAGCAUCAUCUCAAUAGAGCCAAGGUUGUGGGUUCCAUCCUCAGUCAGUCUCCAUGCAAGAAUCAAACAAUGUGCUGCCCCCGAGACGUAGCCGCUGGUUCCAGAGCCAGAGGCGCCACCAGGGAUUAUUGGACCCAGCAGAUCGUCCCUGGAUCCAGGCUGAACAAUCUGCAUUUCCAUCUUAACCGCGGGAAGAAAGGGUAGCUGGUCGGUGGCAUUCCUGCCCACGGACACGAUGCUUUCCAAGCUAGCUCGUCUGCAGACUGUGGCGGGGCUUUGCCCGGGCGCCCACACGCCAGUGGCUUCUGCUACAUCCGUGGCGACUAAGAAGAUGGUCCAAGGCUGUCUAUGAUCUGAUGACGAUUUUGAAUGGGAAGCCAAGUAUGGCGCUCACAACUAAAGGGUGUCCCAAAAUUCACGCAAGAAGUAAUUUUGAUAGAAAACAGAGGUUUAUAAUUAGAAAUUGUAAAUUUUUUAUUGAUUCAUAAAGUAUACAGUAUAGGGUUAUGUAUGGAAUAGCACAUCGGGUAAAUGG